CAGGGCCGUUGGCAUGACAGUUACCGAAACCCGAGCAUAUUCGAAGCAGCCGCCAAUUUUCAAGUUGCUCGAAAAACUUUCUAUUUAAGGCCAUAUUUUCCAGUGGCUCAAAACUCUUUCCAUUUACGAUCAGAUUUUCCGCCUUAUAUCUUUCUGUAUUAUUCCAACAAAUUAUAACGCACUGCUGUUUUUUCGUCAAGUUGUUCAAUCAAGCACGGACUCUUCAUUUUGAGCAAUGAAUAUUCAAACCCUAACUUGUGAAUCUCACAUUCCGAUAAAAAACCCUAAAUUCAAUCCGAAUUUCCAUGUUGAUUUCUCUUCAACCCGACUGCGAACAUAUCGGGUUACACAAUUGACCCGAAAAUGCAAUCACCGCAAGCGAAUAAUCACUGCUUGCGUAAACCCUAGCCAAGAGAUUCCAGUAAAACUAGAAAACUUGAAUUUGAAUUCAUGUAAUAGCGAAGAAAAAGAUGAAGAACAAGUAGAAGAGGUAACCGUUAGAGAAGAAAUUACAGUGGUGAAUUCUAAUGGUAAAGGUGAAUUUUCUGGAAAUGAAAGCAUUUGGGCACAAAUGGUGGAGAUUGUUAAGUUUUCAGGGCCGGCAGUUGGGUUGUGGUUAUGUGGGCCUUUAAUGAGUCUCAUUGACACUGCUGUUAUUGGUCAAGGAAGUUCCAUUGAACUUGCAGCUUUAGGUCCUGGAACAGUGUUUUGUGAUAACACAAGCUAUGCUUUUAUGUUCCUUUCAAUUGCAACUUCAAAUUUAGUUGCUACGGCACUUGCCAGGCAGGAUAAAGAUGAAGUGCAACAUCAGAUAUCUAUAUUGCUCUUCAUUGGGUUGGCCUGUGGUGUUGUGAUGUUUAGCUUUACAAGAAUGUUUGGUGCUUGGGGAAUUACUGCUUUCACGGGGGCAAAGAAUACGGAAAUAAUAAAUGCAGCAAAUACUUAUGUCCAGAUUCGAGGCUUGGCAUGGCCUGCCAUGCUUGUUGGUUGGGUUGCCCAAAGUGCAAGUUUAGGCAUGAAAGACUCAUGGGGACCUUUAAAGGCUUUGGCAGUUGCCACUGCUAUUAAUGGCAUUGGCGACAUAGUCCUAUGCAGAAUCUUUGGAUAUGGUAUUGCUGGAGCAGCUUGGGCAACAAUGGUGUCCCAAGUUGUUGCAGCUUAUAUGAUGAUUCAAGCCCUGAACAAUAAAGGGUAUAAUGGUUUUGCCUUAUCUGUCCCAUCAGUGAAUGCACUUCUACAAAUUUUCAUGCUUGCAGCACCUGUGUUCCUAACAAUGAUGUCAAAGGUGGCAUUCUACUCUUUACUUGUCUACUAUGCUACAUCAAUGGGCACACACUCUGCUGCUGCACAUCAGGUCAUGCUACAACUAUUCUGCUUAUUUGCAGUAUGGGCUGAGCCUCUCUCUCAAACAGCACAGUCAUUUAUGCCUGAGUUGUUGUAUGGAGUGAACCGGAACUUGUCGAAGGCCCGAAUGCUGCUGAAGUCCCUUUUGAUCAUUGGAGCAUCAAAUGGAUUACUACUGGGAUCUGCGGGAGUGUCAAUAUCAUGGUUUUUCCCCAAAUUAUUUUCACCUGAUCCUUUGGUCAUACAAGAGAUGCACAAAGUACUGCUCCCGAUGUUUCUAGCUCUCUGGGUGUCGCCGUGUGUUCAUAGUCUUGAAGGAACCUUGUUGGCUGCAAGAGACUUAAAAUUUAUUAGCGGAUCAAUGGCCUCAGUAUUCGGUAUGGCGUCGCUUCUCGUCAUACUCUUUAGCAGUAAAGGAUUUGGUUUGGCAGGAUGCUGGUUUGCGCUAGUAGCAUUCCAAUGGGUAAAGAGCCGGGACAGAUUUUCUAGUCUUUGACACGAUUUUCGAUAGCUCUAUGGCGGCUCACUUUGGCGGAUGGCAUACUUUAUUUGGAAGACUCAAUUCAUGAUGAGUUAGAAAAGUUGAAAGUUGCGUAGGUUUAAUACGCUCAAGACGAAGUGUCCACAUAAAAAUGAAGUUUUGCGUUAAAGAUUCCAAUCUACCGCUGGUGCUGCAGUGAUCAAUCGUCAAGAUAAAAAAUAAUACCGUUGUCAACAUCAAUUUUUUUUUUCGAGAAACAUUUGUCAAUAUCUAGUUAAUUCACCCGCCAUGUAUCAUAACUCAAAUGAGUUGACAAUUAAUUACUAUUGACAGGUCCAAUAGUCGGAGCACUAUGGUAGUAGGUUUGUCAAUGUUUGAGAAUUUGAAAUUCCUGUAAACAUUAUUAAAGUUUAUACAUCAAGUCCAGAAUUAGCAAUCUUGUUAUUGA